AUGAUGCGCCUGGGACAAGCGCCGAACGCGAAUCUACGAGGCGCUAGUGUCCAGGUCGACCAGCGCCUCUGGCCCCUGUUCAACGACUUGCUGAUCAUCGCUGGCAAUGACAGCACGUGCACUGGAUCUCUGGCCCAGACAGCCGUCGACGAUCUGACGUUCGUCGUCCGCUCACUGUGCCGCCGCGUGGCCAACCAGCAGCUCAAGGAGAAGUGCAUUUCCAUGAUCGGUGGCACAAACGACACGUACAUCGCCCCGUUGUCGGUCAACUGCGGCCCGGAAAACUUCAACAAGCCCGGCGACAACUACAGCAGCCCCGUGCUCACCCUGCAGGAGUUCAACUGGCGUCUUGUGGUCGAGGCCCGAUCGCAGAACGACUGCAUGUCGUACGUUGAAGUGGAGCCGGUCGCGCCAAACACCGUCUGGUCGGUCACCGCCCGUUUCCAGAUCAUGAUCAACAACAUGAACUUUGAGUCGGGCGACAUCGAGUUCUCGUUCAACGGCAAUCGCCAGGCCGUCACGUGGCGCAACAGCCCGCAGCCCGGCCUCAUCCCCCGUGCCCAGAUGCGCGGCCCGCUGAAGGUCGUCAUCACCAAAGUUGGCGUCAGGGCCCUCCCGCUGCCCGACUUCCAGACGGUCACCCCGGAUGACGCGAAUACGUCCGUGUUUGUCGAGGGCAAAUCGGUUCCCGUCAACUUCCAGCAACUGGGCUACCAUUGCCCGGCACUUCGUGGAGUUGCCGUGAUCGACGGGAAGACGCAGCUGCCCAGCUCCAUCCAGCAUUCCCACUUCCGCAUUUUCCUCGAAAACCUUUUCAACAACGCCCCCGUCAACGCGGCGAUCGUGGCCCCGCUGCUCGACGUCUCCUCCUCGCUGCAAUGUGUGCUGGUUCGGGAGCGCUGUGAGGUCUUCCUCAUCCAGACCACCGAACUGCCCUUCCCCGUCAAGCUCGACCUGGCAACCCGCUACAAGCUCUCCGUUGCACAGGGCUACUGCCUGUCGGUGAUCCGCAACCACAAGGAGGUCGAAGAAGCGCGCGCCGACCCCGAAUUCGACAAGAUGUGUGAGCUGGCCAAGCUGGCCUUCCAGAUGAAGGAGAAGUCGCUGUCCGGGAACGCCACGAAGCCGGUGAUGCCCGUGCUCGCCACCGGGGCAGCCAUCGCCGUCAAGCAAGAACCCGGACUCCCGUCGAUGCAGCCACUUCAGCAGGCUGGCCCGGGACCAAUGAUGGGCGGCGGACCGAUGGGGCCUGGCCCGAUGGGCCCUGGAGGACCGAUGAUGGGCGGUGGUGGUGGCCCAGGGCCAAUGAUGGGCCCUGGCCCGAUGGGACCCGGACCGAUGAUGGGCGGCCCCGGGCCGAUGAUGGGGAUGAUGGGCGGUCCGGGACCGAUGCGUGGAGGCCCGAUGGGCCCCGGCGGCCCCAUGAUGCGCCCAGGACCGAUGGGACCCCGACCUGGCGGCCCGCGCGGCAACCAACCGGGCAACAAGGGCAAGACGGUCGGCACCCCGCAGAAGGGCAACAACCAGAACAAGACGCCGACAGGGCAGCAGCAGGGCAACCGACAGAACAAGCAGCCGCUGAAGAAGGGCAGCGGCGGGCGAGCGGUGAAGAUU